AUGUCUGAUUAAUAAUAUCUGAAUUACGACAACUUGGAUGAGUAACUUCUCCAAGAAAAUGAUGAUUAGAAUAAUGAAGCGUUGAAUGAUACUGAGCAAUUGCAAGAGGUCGACAAUACUAAUUUAAUCGCUGAAUAAGAUGAAGAGGAUGAGGACAGUUCUAACUAAGAUAAAGAGGUCUAAGAGUAUCGGCAAAUGGUUCGCAGACUUGGCUUAAGAGAGAAAGAGAUACACGAUACUUUCAUUAUUAAUGAAGAUAAGAUUAGAGCACUAAUGAGUGACCAGGAAAAAUAGAUACUAAAGGUGUCUGAUUUAAUCAUAUUUAAAGAUAAAGCUGAUGAUAUUAUAGGUGUAGAACUAGACUCAUACAUCGAAUUUCUGAUUAAUCAUACUCUCCAAAAGAAAGCAAAAAGACAGUUUUCAUUUAAAGAGCUGAAGAAUAACUUUCUUUAUUGGCUGGACCAUCAAUACAAAGAGAGAAAUAGAGAUCCUGCAUAAGUAGAAUAUGAACGUUAAAUGGAAGAGUCAUUAAGACAAGAGGAAAAAGCAAUUAAACUUUAAAAUGAAGAAAAGUUUAAUUGGCGUAAGAGAAUGAGCAUUGAGAUACUUAAUUUUAAGUUAGAUAAGCAUAAAGAAAGAUUAUAAGAAGUAUUCUAAAGAUAUAAUAAAACUCAAGAGCAAGGAUAUCAAUAGAGUGCCUUCAUAAGAAUAAAGCAGUCAAAGUAACUUUUCAGUGAUAUUGCAUAUAUCGCUGGAGUUGUAUUUUGCUAUAAUAGAGAAUUUGAAGAGACUAAUUAGUAUGCUGGCUUUAAAGACAGCUCUUAGAAAUUUAUUAAAGAAUUUAAGAGAUUCCUAUGGAGGCAUUUACACGAAAUGAGGCCAAAUAAAAGAAAUUCUUAGCUCAAAUGUUUGAGAUAACAAUCUCCAGAAGGAUAUUAUGAUGCUAGAUAGGAAUCACAGUAAAGAGUUUUCUUUGAUGAUGAUUUAUAUAUAUUGGAAAAGCUAAACACUGCUUUUGACUUCUCAACUUUCAAAAAGGUUCUAAAAAUGUUCAUAUAAGAUAAGAAAAUCGUAGCUAUAGAUUUGAAUGCUGAAUAUACGAAACAUAUGAAAAAAUAAGCUAAUAAAGAUAUUAAGGCUAGUCUUUAAAAUACUAUAUAAGAAUAUGAGGAACUUGUGAAAACAACUGAAGAUGAAUAGCAAAGACAAAGAGUUGAGAGAUUGAUAGAACAAAUGAAAAGAGAACUCUCAAUUCUAAGUUAAAAUAACCCAACUAAAAUGGGAAGUGUGAAUAAUGAUUUCAUCUCUGUAAUAAAUCCAGAUUAUAAUCCAGAUUCAAGUUUUAUCUCAGCCAGUAAUGAGCAGUAGUUUAGUAUUGGAAUUAAUAACAAUUUGGAAGAUGAGAGAGAUAAUUUUAAUUUCAGCAAAAGGCAAAAAGCGCUUCAGCAAGUAUUUAACAUAUAUUCAAAGCAGCAUAUACCCUACAAUGACAUAAGAUUUGAAUAGUUUGAGGAUAUUAGUAAGAGAGUUAAGGUUGGAGAUUUCUUGAAAUUCUGCAAAGAUUUUUAGAUUAAUAAAUCAUUAGGCUUGAAGAAGGAAUUACUUACAAAUAUUUUUCAUAAAGCUGGUAGCUGUCAUAAGCCUGUAAUCUUUGAUGAAUUCAUAAAAGCUCUCUAACUUAUUAGUCUUGAGAUCAACAAGGUCUAGAUUGAGAUCAACGAAAAAGAGUUGAAAGAAGCUGAGGACUAAAUCUAGAAAUUAGCUGAUGAGUUCAAAGCAAGAGACGAUGAACAUGUGAAAUACCUUUAAAUCAAGAAUGAGAAUAAAAAUCCUUAUAAGAAGUUUACUGAGGAAGAAAAGAAAGAAUUCAAGAAGAAUGAUAGAGAGCAAAAGGAGAAGAGAGAUGGCCUUGUAAAAGAGCUGCAAAAAUUGAAAGCUAAAACUCUUGACCAUACACUUGAUGAAUUAUACAAGUAUAUGGAGCUAGAUAUACCAUAAGCUUAUUAGAAAAAGCUAAAAGGCUUCCAUCUGCCCUUCUUUAUUCAUGAAAAAUAUGAGAGAAUACCAGAGGAUGAUCCUGGCCAAAGAUACAAAGUCAGAUUUAAGAAAAUACCAUUCUCUGAUGUUAAAAAGGUAGUGUAGGAGAUCAGAGAAAAGAGGGAAAAGGACAAGAAUGACAAGAUGAUGGAAUAAAAUGAGAAAUAUAUCAGAAAGAUGAAGUUUAUUCAGAAAACUCAUGAUCGACUCAGAUAAGAAAAACUUAAGAAGAUAGUAGAAGAAAGGAAACUCAUUGAAUCUUAGCACAACUCUCAAGAUCGAAAAUCAAGUGACUAGCAUGGACGAUAGGUGUCGCCACAGAAUAACAAUACUAAAGCUGGAUCUUAUGCACAACAAUUGCCAUCCAAUCCCUUUAGCUACUUAGAAAUAAAAAAUACUAAGUAAGGAUAACCAAUACAGGAGGGAAGAAAUCUAAAAGUUACUCUAGAUAUUCUUACGAAAAUGCAUUACUAAGAUUUUAAUAAUGCAGGUGAUAAAAAGUAAUAAUUCAAUCCUAUGGAUCUGAUUCAGGGUAACUCAGAUUAAGAUGAAGUAGCUGGUAUGAUAAUGAAUGACUCAGCUAGUGGAGAAGAUGAGCAUGACAUUGAUGACUUUACUCGCAAAAGAAUGCCUAAAGCUUAAGAUUUUAGAAUAAAGUUAGAAGAGUAAAAGUAGCAGAAGAAAACAAUAAAGAAAAAUGCAAGCUAGAGUCUCCUCAAUGAUUACCAAGAAAAAAUUCUAAGUCUUAAAAAUCAGACAACAUAGCCUUAGAACCAAUUAGUGCUUAGAGAUUCAUAUGACGUGAGCAAUAACAAAAAAGGAAAGAGUCUGCUUUUGAACAAGAAUAAUCUGAAUAACCUGCAUUCGAAGAGUGUAGUAUCAUUGCAGCCUUUAGCUGAUAUCAAAGGACCAAAGGGAAAAUAUGAUAGUGUAGUGAUACCUAGUCAAAACAAGUAAAAGUAGUAUCAACUUGUAAAUCCUAAACAUGCUUCUGCUAUUGGUAGAUAUGAGAACUAAAUACCUUAGAUGCAAUCAAUCUAACCAAUUAAUCUCUAAGGAAAGCAUUCAAUGAUUAGAAAUGCUUCUCAAGGCAACAUCGUUAAAGCUAACCAUAUGGACUAAUUGCAUUAGAAUGUAAGUUAUUGCUAAUCUUAUAAUAUUCUUUAGAAAAUGGAAGGUAUUUUGAAGAUGCACGAUAGACAAAUAUAGAAAGGGAUGAAAGUGCUAAAAAAGUGA